AUGACCAAGAAGCGGCAGCGUGAGAAGCAGCCACACCCACUGCGGGAGCACCGGAGUCAAGUAGAACUUCAGCUGUCAGACUGGUUUAAACCCAGAAACCGCCUUGAUGUCGUGACGAUGACGGACUGGCUUGCUCCAGUCAUAUGGGAUGGGACUUUUGACAGGCAGGCCCUGGAGAACUACUACAGCAGACAGAACAUCACAGUGGGCCUUGCUGUCUUUGCUCCUAGCGGGCCUGCACACCAGUACCUGAAGAUAUUCUUGAAGUCGGCAAACCUGUACUUCAUGUCCGGGUACAGAGUCAUCUUCUAUAUCAUAGCAGACAUCUUCUUCAAGGUGCCGGAAAUACAGCUGGGCCCUCUGCGAACACUCAGAGUGCUCCCGAUAAGCAAGGACGGCUGGUGGUACAACGUGCGCCUGAUGCAGAUGAAGGGUCUGGGGGAGUACAUCGUGAGCCACAUUGAGGGUGAGGUGGACUUUCUCUUCAGCAUGACAGUCAACCAGGUCUUCCAGAGCGAGUUUGGGGUGGAGACCCUGGGCACGUCUGUGGCUCAGCUCCACACAUGGUGGUAUUUUAGAAAUACCAACAAUUUACCUUACGAGAGGAGGCCAAACUCAGCUGCUUACAUACCAUUAGGGCAGGGGGACUUCUACUAUGAUGGGUCUGUGAUUGGCGGCACCCCCAACAUGAUCCUGAGCCUCAUCGAGGACUGUCUCAACAGAAUCAUUCUCGACAUCGAGAAGGGGCUUAACAGCACUUAUGAAAGGUACCUGAACAAAUACUUUUUCAUCAACAAACCCACCAAGGUGUUAUCGCCAGAAUACAACUGGGAUGCUGCCUUCUACCCCCCUGCAGAGAUUCGGUCCGUUAGGGUGGUACAUCAUCCUAAGAGGAAAUCUAAUGAUUUCCUUAGGUUUAUGAACUAUUAG